AUGGCAGCGACGCGCACCGGCGUAUAUGUGGACGACUUCCUGACAGAGGUGUCAUCACUGCCCCAUGAGCUGCAGCGCAUGCUCUCUCUCAUGAGAGAGUUGGACGGCCGAUGCCAGGCGCUGCGCAUGGAGAUUCAGAGAGACAUUCGGGCGGGGCUGACAGCCAUAGAGGAGAGGGAGGCAGUCCUCAGAGCAGGUGCUGGUGCUCAAGAUGGGCAUGGACAUGAAGGUCUGGAUGGUCAUGCAGAUGCUGGUGGUGAUAGGGAUGGGAAUGGUGAUGGUGACGGGCAUGGGGAGGGGGAAGGGGACGAGGACGAUGCUGCUAGUGACAGCGAUGCUGCUGAGGAUGCUGGUAAUGGUGACAACGAGAGUGAUGGGGCUGUUGUGACCCCUGCUGCCCUCUCUCCUGCCACGGGUGCUCUGGAUGAGGUGCCGGGUGGUGAGCAGCAGGGGCGAAGCAGAGGAGGGGAAGCGGGGGAUGUGGGAGACGCUGGUGGGAUGAAGACUGAGGCUGGGGAGAAGAGUUUGAAGCAAGGAAGCAGCACAGCACAGGUGGCGAACGCGUCGUCUCUUCCACCGAAUGGGUUACUGGCAGGGAAGGCUGACAAUGAGGCAGGAGGAGGGGAGAAGCGACCGAGGGGGAGGCCGAGGAAGAGAGGGAGAGGGGAGAGGGAGGGCGUGGGGGGGGAGGAAUGGGUGGGUGGUACGGUGAAGGUGGAGGAGGAGGUGGAGGAGGGUGGGGGGCGGAAGAGCAUUGGGAAGAAAAGGCCGCGCGCACAGCAACACCAAGUGGGGCAGCAGCAGCAGCAGCAGCAGCAGGUGCUCCAGCAGGAGGCGGAAAGCAAGGAUGAGUGUGCGGUGGUAAAGGCAGAGCUUCCCAUUGAGGGAAGGUUGGUGGUUGAGACUCCUGCUUCUGCUGCUCCAAGCAUGGCGCGAGGCAGCAGCCCACACAAUGGAGGAGGGGAGACAGACAGGGCGGCAAGGAUGAGAGCGAGUAUGGCAGGGGCAGGACUGGAGGAGGAGGGGAGGGGGAGGGAUGGACGGGAUGAUGUCAGCGGUGACAUCAGCGAUGAGAGGGCUGCUGCUUUGCAGAGGCUGAGGGAGGAAAUUUCCGAGAAGCAGGGGAAGAUGCGGGCGCUGUGUGAUGAGAAGGUCAUUCUGGCACAGCAAGUGAGCGCACUGCUGGAGAGCCACCUGCGCAGUUUGAACCAGGAGCUGCAGCACUUUUCGGAGGACCUCAAGCAAGCUGCUUCCCCAGCAGCAGGGGUGGGAGGGGCGCGGGGGUGGGGGGAACCGAAGGGGGAAGGGCGGGGGUUGAGUGCAGUGGCUGUGCUGGCAUCUGGCAGUGGUGGGGAGGGGGGGGGAGGUGGCGGAGGGGGGGUGUGGGAAGCAAAGGGGGAAGCGUGGCAAGGAAACCAGGAGAGGGAGAGCGAGAGAGGGGCAGGGAGGGAAGCAGGGAGGGAAACAGGGAGGGAAGCAGGGAGGGAGGCAGGGAGGGAUGCAGGGAGGGAGAGGGAGUGGGAGAGGGGAGGAAGGGGUGCUGCCCUCAUGCCGCCUCCUGCUGCCCUCCCGCUCUCGAGAAAGAAGGGAGGGGUGAGCAGGGGCGUGCCGGUGGGGGCAGGUGGCGAGAGGAGGGAGGUGCCCGAGGGGGGGGCAGGAGAGCAGGUGUAUGAGCCAACGUACUGCAUAUGCGGGCAGGUGUCUUUUGGAGACAUGAUCGCAUGCGAUAAUGCAAAUUGUGAGGGAGGCGAGUGGUUCCACUACGAGUGUGUGGGACUCAGCAUCGCCAUGCCCCGGAUCCACGACAAGUGGUUCUGCCCUCACUGCACCUCCCUACACAAGAAAGGCAUGCUGCACUUGCCACCUUAG